AUGUUACAUCGAUCUUUGUUGGAGUUUGAAAGAAUUGAAGAGGAUAUCCGAUAUUCCAAGGGAUUUGGCAGAGGAGGUGUGCCCUCUAGGCUUCCCGUGACAUAUCUGAGAGGAUUCCUAUCUGCUUGCAAAAAGUGUAGCAUUUUAUCCAAAGAUCGGAGCUUUACAAAGAUGCACCUUGCGAAGAAGAAUAACAAGCUACCUGCAAAACUGACCGUGAUAUCCGAUCUUCCUAGGGAUUUGUUGGAGGAGAUACACUCUAGACUUCCCUUCACAUCCCUGAGAAGAUUCCGAUCCGUUUGCAAAAAGUGGAACACUUUAUCCAAAACUAGUGGCUUUACAAAAGCAGCAGCAGCAAAGGAGCAUAUGGUGGUCAUGGUGAUCGAUUGUCGUGUUUACUUGAUGGGCCUCGAUCUCCAAGGCGUAGAACCAUCUAUAAACCCUAAAGGUAAACUCAUAAGCCUAGACGAUUCAGAUGGAGUCGAGAUAUCUCUAGUCUAUCAUUGCGACGGUUUAUUGUUAUGCAUCACAAAAGAUUUCGCUAGGUUCGUUGUUUGGAAUCCGUACUCGGGCCAAACCUUGUGGCUCACGCCUAGAGUCCGUGGCCCUAAAUUGGACCUUUAUAGGUAUGCUAUAGGAUACGAGAACAGCAAUUCACGCCGCAACUACAAAGUUUUGAGAUAUAAAGAAGAUUCACCUACCGAUAUAGCAAUUAGCUAUAUUGAGUACGAAAUCUACGAUUGUAACUCUAAUUCACGGAGGACUUUCCAUGUCACUUCCGACUGGGAGAUAGCGUUUUAUGCACGUGGCGUGUCUCUCAAGGGAAACAAUUAUUGGUUUGCUCAAAGAAAGUAUCACGGAGUAUACGACCUUGCUGAUUUCUUGAUCUGUUUUGAUUUCACAAGAGAGAGAUUUGGCCCGCGUCUUCCUCUGCCCUUUCACUCUAGGAUUGAAGAUAUUGUGACUCUUUCUAGUGCUAGGAUUGAAGAUAUUGUGACUCUUUCUAGUGCUGGAGAAGAGCAACUUGCAGUUUUAUUUCAGCCCUAUAACAGAUUACAUAUGGAGAUUUGGGUUACGACUAAGAUUGAGCCUGAAGUUGCCUUGUGGAGCAAGGUGUUCUUAUCAGCGGCUAUGAAACCAGUCACAGAUUUGCAGUUUGGUCUUACGCGUGGGAGUUUCAUCAUUGACCAAGAGAUGAAAGUCGCUGUGGUUUUUGAUAAAGACAAACAUGUGAAUAACCCCACUCGCAACGUAGCUUAUAUUAUUGGGGAGGAUGGCUAUAACAGAGAAGUGGACCUCGGAAAAUCUACAGACAAAUAUGAGUCUUCACUUGGGUGCUCCUAUGUUCCAAGUUCAGUGCAAAUCAAGCAAGGAGACAAUAAACUUAUAUAA